CUGACUUUCCCUUUAUGGCCAUUGGCUUGAGGGAAAGCUGGUCACACCCUGAAUUUCAGAUAUAUAGGAAAGUUAGAUCACAAAUGAUUUUUGCCUGAAAUCUCCACCACAACAGGGACAAGAUGGUGUUUACCAUUAAGGACUUGAACUUUGUUGCUGGGCAGGAGCUGGCAGUUGCUGGCAAAGUCAAAUCUGGCUGCGAUGUCUUCUCCAUCAACAUCGGCCAUGAUUUUACCUCCUUAGCACUGCACUUUAAUCCCCGCUUUAAAUACAAUAAGGACAAGAAAGUCAUCGUGUGUAACUCUACUCAGGGAGGCAACUGGGGAAGUGAACAAAAAGAAAGCAACUUCCCCUUCCAGCGUGACGGGGAGUUCAAGGUGGUGUUCAACUUCAACAACGAUCAGUUUUACAUUAGACUCCCUGAUGGCACCAUGAUGGGCUUCCCUAACCGCUUCGGCGACGACCGGUUCGACCACCUUCACGUGGAUGGCGAUGUCAAGAUUCACAGCGUCAAAAUACUCUAAUAACAAUAACAAUAAUAAUAAAAUAAAAUAACCCAGAAUGAUAGCGAUUCCAAAUAAACUUGUCUUGUGCAUGGUUUGAAAUGCAGCCGAAUCAUCUGACGACAGUAUGUUCUGCCUUUGAAUGUGUGACGUGACCAUUUAUUCCAUUCAUAUUUAAUAGAGGACACCAAAUAAAAACAUGCUUAAAAAUUUGAUUUAUUAAAAAGACAAAAGCUUUCAUUGUAGGUUCCUUUGUUAUUUCACCUAAUGUAGCCAAAUGCCUGUCUGUGAAUUCUAACCAUCCUAAAAAGUGCAGUGAAGUGAUUAAAAAGUGUUGAAAAAAUAAAA